AUGAUUGUCAGUUCCUGCACGGAUGCCACUCGUGCUCAUUCGCUGUUUACCUUGACUGCGCCGCAGCUUUACGAGUCUUCGGAACUUUUUGAGACUGAAACAUACAGGCCCCCUUUGAGGGGCCUCUGCGUGGCCCUGGCGCGAAGUUGCAUCUUCGGCGCCGUUCUUGUGCCUGCCAUGUUCUGCUGUCUGCCAGCAAAUCAGUUCUGCUGUGGCUGCUCGCUGCGGCUCGGGACAAGUCUGGUGAUUCUCGCCAACGUCAUCUUGGUUGCACUCACCGCAGUGCGAGCGGUUGGCGCUCUGUUCUACCCCGAGGAGGCUGCGGCUGUAGCAAGCUUGCCGAUGCAGAUCUUCUUCACGGCGUUUGCGCUUGCUAGCCUGCCCUUCAUCUGCUUUGGAAUCCAUGGCGUGGUCCGAAAGGAUGAGAUCACGCUUCGCGCCUACAACUUCUACUUGGUGCUGGCAGCGGGCCUUUGUGUUUAUUCGGUGGUUGAACUGGGCCUCUCGCUGACAUGCAGCAGGCUUCCAGAGACUGCAAAGGGAGGCAAUGCCUACAUCUGCGGCGUCAUCGAGGUUGUGGACAUCAUCUUCGUUGCCAUACUCGUCCUUCUGCUGGUCUAUGCCCUCUACAUCGUGUGGUCCCAGGUUCAGGACUUUACGCUGGGAGGUAGCACGAAGUUUUCGGACUUGGAGGAGAGCUAUGGCAGCAUGGAGGCCAAGAAGCUUCUAGAGGCUUCACACAACAUCCUUAGCUCUCACAGCGACGAGGGCCUCGGAGCUGUCUUCAGCGACUUGCAGGGAGGUGGUGGUGGCCGUGGCACGACCUCCUCCGGCUUCGGCGACGGCACCAAGAUCUUUGGCUACAAGCACGAGCUUCAGUUCCCGCCUCCUAAGUGA